UGGAAUUAAAUAAUCUAAAAAGAAUCCUUAAAAAGGCAGCAAAUAUUACUAAAAAAAAAUUAGACGCAUCGAAAAAACCUCAGCAUUGGGAGAACUUGGUAGAAGAGCUCAAAUUAUACACAGCUUAUUUAAAUAAUGAUCUUAAUCAAGUAUAUAAGUGUAUCACGUUUUUUAAAGAUCGCGAGGAUUUUAUCACAGAGUUUCGUGCAAUAAGCAUCUGGUUGAAAAUCUCUCUAACCAACAUUCGCGCCAACUACUGGUAUUGGUUAAAAUUUCUGUUGAGAUUACAUAAAUUAGUAGUUCCGUUUAUGUCCCUGCAUAAUAAUGUUGAAAAAGCAGAAAAAAUAUGCAAGGAUUUCGAAAAGAUUUUUGUUGUGGAUUCUGUGGAUAAAAAAAAGAAUAAACGACAAUUCUCCUUUGACAAUCUUCUCAUUAUAAAUAAAAUCAAUACAAAAGAGGAGUAUUGGCAAGUUUAUGAGAAGGACAUCAUUUACCGUGCGAUCUCCAAAUCACUUUCUUCUUAUAUUAGAGAACUCAUAUUGAAAACUGAUGAGGUUGGUAGAAAUAUUCCGGAAAUAGCUUCUGAAGUAUGUAAUGAGCUUUCGUUCUCGGGUGAAUGCCAAAAGUCAGACUGUCGAGGACAUCACGUGAAGCCAACGCCAUUAAUUCUGUACGAUCGUCUGAAGCUUGCAUCUCUUCAAUAUGCCGUAAUACGUCAAUUAGAUAUGAUAAACAAAGAAUUUAAUUAUUUACAAAGAUUUUGGACAGAAAAUCUUAUCAAAAAUCAUUUUCGAUUUCAGUCUCCACAAAUAAGUUGCCCAGAAGCAACUGAUUUAGCGAUUUCUGAAAUGUAUACCAGCGUAUACGAUGGGUUCAUUGAGUUCAUUUAUAGAAAAUGGUUAGAUGAAGAGUUUAAUCCUAUCGACUUUGCAAGAUUACUAAAAUACCUAUUUGUUUCUAUACAACUGCGAAGAGAUAAAUUAAUCUUUAGGAAAUUUCAUGAUAAAAUGUCAGAGAACAAAUGCCUUCAUGAGGAAAUUAUGGAAAAACUUUCAUCAUUUAUCCUAUCAUUAUAUCCUAUAUAUCCUGAACAUACUAUAAGAUCUAUCUCCUUUGAUAACAUAUUAGAGUUCAUUGAUUAUGCCAUAAAAAAUUCCGAAUCUGUUAAAUUAAAUUCAUUUGACGCAUUCGGGGACUUUACGUCCCUUAUGGAGCUAGUUACAUCACUGAUUUUUGCAACUAGCCUAAAAGAUUUAGAUUUUU